GAAGAUAGGGUUGUGGAACUACUUGAGAAUGCAGCUAGAGAAGAUAUCAGUGAGCAAUUGCUCAAGGAAGAAGAUGAUGAAGCUCAACAUCAGCAUUCACUAAAUGAUUUUGUAUUCCACCCAACUGUGCUCGGCAAAGAUUUAUACACAAUUAUAAAAUUUGGUAUUGUACAAUAUGUAAGUGCAUAUGCUUGCAUGUUCUCUAUGCUUAUCAUGAAACAGCUGCUAAAUUCAAAAGUAUCCGCAGAUGAUACUGAAAACAUUAUGUGCCUUCUUGGCAUUGUUACUGGAACUUUUUGGAGUUUAUCGAGAAGGGGAAUUCAAGUGGUACUGUGGGUAUGGCUUAUAUAGAGGAACCUCAUUUGGAUAUUUUCUGUACCCUAACCUCACAACUUCUUGACAACUUGGCUGUUUUUUUUUUUGGGUUACUUGAUAAUUUUCUGUUUGAUAGCAAACAAUUGCUUACAGGUACCCAUAUGUUACGAUCAUCAUAAAUUUCAGUCAAAUGUGGGCUUUGUAUUGCCUCGUGCAGUUCUACAAUGUCACUCAUAGCAGGUUACAAGCUAUCAAGCCAUUAUCAAAGUUCAUAAGCUUUAAAGCCAUUGUCUUUGCAACUUGGUGGCAGGGUGUUGGUAUUGCAUUAGUCUGUUAUGUUGGUAUUCUACCAAAAUGGGGGAAAAUUCAAAAUGGUAUUCAAGAUUUUCUUAUCUGCAUUGAAAUGGCUAUUGCAGCAAUUGCCCAUGUAUAUGUAUUCUCGGCAGAACAUUAUAAAUAUCUGCCAGUUUCUGGUUGUGGGAAAAUAACAUCUGUAGAAUCUAAAACCAAAUCUAAAUUAAUUGAAAAUGCCAAGAGCGGGCCAGCCACUGUGGAGCAGAAGGAAACACAUGUUGAAGCUCCUGGAACAAGAAUCACGGAGAGUGUUCAAGAUGUUGUUCUAGGAGGUGGCGAACAUGUGGUAAAGGAUGUGGCAUUAACCAUAUCUCAAGCAAUUGAACCCGUCGAGAAAAGUGUCACCAAGUUCCAGGACACCAUUCGUCACAUCUCUGUUGGCUCUGAUAAAGGAAAAAAACCUGAAGUUGAAGUAGACGAACGUGUUACAGAGAACUUUGUGGAUCUGAAAUUGGAAUUCAGCUCCGAAAUGAAAGUUGAGUCUAAAAAUACAGAGAAUCUUGGUCACCACAAAUCUGUAGUCAAUUCUGAAGUGAAGUAUGAAGCUGAAAGUUGCCCAAGAUGACAAUACUUUGUGCCUCAAGAUGUCAAAUGCACAAUAUCUUUGUUGUCAAAGUUACAGUUGGUUUAGACUUUGGUAUACACUAGCUUCAUAUUGAAAGUUUGUAAUGGUUGUCCAUAGUUUCUUGUUCCAUAGUUGCUUCUAUCUCUGAGAAAAGGGUCUGUCCUGUGGAGUUAUUAGUGAUCAGGUGUAUGUUUUAGCAAUGGCAGCAUUUGAUAGAAGAUUUAUUUUGCUUUGUAACAUCUUAUCAUGUAAAAAUAUCUGGCAAUGGUAUUCAAUAG